UUUAUUGUUAUUGUGUAAGUAAUGUUGCGGGCGGAGCUACAAUAACCAGUAAUAAAACUUACUAACUUAGGUUCCUAAUCUUUAUAACUAAUUUACUAUUAAUUUCAAAAUGUGUUUGUCAGAUCAAUCGAUGGAUAUAUUUCUAUUAGCUGUGGGAGUGGCCAGUGAAUUGGACACCAACCUGAUUGUAGGCCAGGCAUUGCCUGUCACUUUGCUGAAGGUACAGGAGGAUUACACUGUCUACGCCCAACCAGCCUCUGAGGAUGGAGAGUUGCAGAGCCUCGAGUUGCAGCCGGGUCAAGGUGUCAAGUGUGUAUUGAGCAAUGUCAAAGAAACAGCAACUGACGAACAACGGCAAGCCUUCACUCAGCUACCUGCUGACACAUAUGUCAUCAUGCUGGUCGACGCAGCACAGAGUGAAGGUUGCAGCCAAGAGGCGAUUCAAAGAAGCCACAGAGCUCGAAGUAAAACAGUGCAUCAGUGCAUGGCUGCAAAUGGCCAGAGUUAGAGUUAGCAGAAGGUGAAUGUAAUGUCUACAAUCGGAGGGAAAGAUUCACAUUGUUUGAUGGUCAAUAUACUAAAAGGAACAUUAGUGGACGAGGCUGCAGAAAUGUUUUCCCUUAUAGGGAAGAGAAUGGGAAACUUCCCCCUCAAGAGGAAGUUCCUAGGAACUAAAACGUGUUGCUCGAUGUUUGAUGCUGUCAGGCGAAAGCAUCGAGAAGCAUCGACGGAGGAUAUGAGAAAUUCAGUCAAGAAGUGGCUGCAGCAAGCCACGCCCAGAUUGAUGAAGAGGUCAAACAGACAGCCAUCAACACUCGCUGCUGGAGAUGUUCCUCGUGAUUAAUAACUGUAAAAAUUUUAAUUUAAACUUAUGGAAAUAUCUUAAAAAUAUAUAAUGUUUGGUGC